AUGCCGUUUCCUGAAGAUAUUACUCUGGAGUCACGUGAUAAUCCUCUUAUUCGGGAUGAGAGGAAUUACAAUCGUGAAACUCUUAGAGUAAGAAACGAGCAGAUGUUAGCCACUGUAACAAGUGAACAGAGAAGUGUUUAUGAUGAGAUACUAGAAGCAGUAAAUAAGAACAAAGGAGGUAUGUUCGUUGUUUAUGGUUCUGGAGGUACUGGUAAACCUUAUUUGUGGAGUCUAUUAGGAUCUGCUCUACGUUCCCAAGGUGAUGUUGUUCUCAAGGUUGCAUCGAGCGGGAUUGCUGCGUUGUUAUUAGAAGGAGGCCGAACUGCGCAUUCAAGAUUUGCAAUCCCUAUUGUGGUUAAUAAGUUUACCUUCUGUUCAAUCAAGAAGGAGUCGAAUCUUGCCGACCUGAUAAGGAUUGCUAAACUCAUUAUAUGGGACGAGGCGUUGAUGAUGAGUAAAGACUGUUUCGAGACUCUAGAUAGAACGAUGCGUGAUAUAUUAGAAGUUGAUAAGCCCUUUGGUGAUAAGGUCAUUGUUUUAGGAGGGGAUUUUAGGCAAAUAUUGCCAGUGAUUCCAAAUGCCGGGAAGACAGAGAUACUUAUGGCCACUUUGAAUUCGUCACCUCUGUGGCACAAAUGUAGAGUGUUGAGACUUACACAGAACAUGCGACUUAUAUCUGGAGAUAAUAGCCGUGCGAUGCUUGAACGAGCUGCCUUUACAAAGUGGAUCUUAGACAUUGGUGAUGGUACGAUAAAUGACGAUGGUAGUGGUGAAGCCGUGAUUGAUAUUCCUAAUGAUCUGUUGAUUAAAGACUGUAAAGAUCCUAUAAAAACGAUCGUCAAAGAAAUUUAUGGGAGUUCGUUUUCGAAAAAGACUGAUCCUAAAUUUUUCCAAGACCGUGCCAUACUGAGUCCAAGAAACGAUGAUGUAGAUACGAUAAAUGAUUAUAUGCUUUCAAAGUUAUCGGGUGUUGAAAGGACCUAUCUUAGCUGUGAUAACAUUGAUACGACUGAAGAAGUUGUCAAUUACAAUGAUGCAUCUGAAGUACCCUCAGAGAGUGUAGCCAGUAAGAAUAAAGGUGAUUCCAACAACAUGAUUUAUACCGAGGAGUUUUUAAAUAGUAUCAAGAUGUCUGGUUUCCCUAAUCAUGUCCUGAAGUUGAGAGAGGGUACUCGUGUAAUGCUUCUAAGAAAUAUCGACCCUAAGAAUGGGUUGUGUAAUGGCACAAGACUCAUCAUUAUUAAGAUGGCUAAUUAUGUUCUCCAGACUCAGAUAAUAACAGGUAGCAAGGUUGGUGAAAAAGUACUGAUUCCUAGGAUAUUCCUCUCUCCUUCGGAGAUGAAACUUCCUUUCAGGAUGAGAUGCAAGCAGUUUCCUAUCCCAUUAGCUUUUGCAAUGACUAUAAACAAAAGCCAAGAACAGACACUCGAAAAGGUUGGUUUGUAUCUUCCAAGACCGGUCUUUACUCAUGGGCAACUCUAUGUCGCUGUAUCGAGGGUUACAUCAAGAGAAUGUUUGAAGAUAUUGAUCACCGAUAAAGACAACAAACCACAAAACAAAACAUUGAAUGUCGUCUACAAGGAGGUUUUUGAUAAGAUAUGA